GAUGGCGGAGGAUGUGAAAGAUGAGUCGGUGGCCACUGACUCAGAGCUCCUGGCUGCGGACGGGAGCCAGAACACUGCGGUGGAGGAGGAGGGUGGCUGCACUCUGCUGCGGAGGAUGGAGAUCUGUGUGGCUGAGGCUGAGAAGAGGAGUGGGAAGAAUGCAGUGAACAUGCAGGAGACGUUCACUGUGUACCUCAUCGAGACACGGCCGAUGGAUGCAGUGGCAGAGGGUCGUAACCCCGCUCCCGACUCUCUGUGGAGGCGAUACAGCGAGUUUGAACUGCUGCGGAGCUACCUAAUAGUUACCUAUCCAUACAUUGUGGUGCCCCCCCUGCCUGAGAAGAGGGCAGAGUUCGUGUGGCACAAGCUGUCAGCGGACAAUAUGGACCCAGACUUUGUGGAGCGCCGCAGGGUGGGGCUGGAGAACUUUCUGAUUCGUGUGGCAUCUCAUCUAGUACUCUCCAAUGACAAGAUCCUCUACCACUUCCUCACUGAGGAACAUGGCUGGAGAGAGGUGGUGUAUGAGACAGGUUUUCAGGCUAAGGCAGAUUCCAGGCUGAGAGCUCUCAGUGCCACCUUCCGGGUGAGAAAUACAGAUAAGCGCUUCAUGGACAUGAAACACUACAGUGAUGAGCUGCAGUCUCACACAUCUCAGCUGCUCCGAGCAAGAGCAAGAGUUGCUGAUCGACUCUAUGGUGUUUUCAAGGUGCAUGGGAACUAUGGCAGAGUCUUCAGUGAGUGGAGCGCCAUAGAAAAAGAGAUGGGGGAUGGACUGCAGAGUGCAGGUCAUCAUAUGGAUGCUUACGCUGCCUCGAUAGAUGACAUCUUAGAGGAAGAGGAACAUUAUGCAGACCAACUGAAAGAAUAUCUCUUCUAUGCUGAGGCUCUGAGGGCAGUGUGCAGGAAACACGAGCUGACCCAGUUUGAGCUGGAGAUGGCCUCCCAGGACCUCAUCUCCAAGAAGCAUCAGCGUGAGGAGCUGGCCACAGGGAUAGUGCGGACGUUCUCCUUCAAAGGAAUGACCAACAAGCUGUUUGGACAAGAAGCACCUGAGCAGAGGGAGGCCAGACUGAAGCUGCUGGAGGAGCUGAUAACAGAGGGUGAAGAUGCCGUCAAAGAGAAGACAGCUGAGUGCGAGGAGCAUGUUGAAAGAGCCUGGGUGGACAUGGAGCGCUUUGAGGAGCAGAAAGACAAAGACCUGCGGGAGGCGCUCAUUAACUAUGCUGUCAUGCAAAUCAGCAUGUGCAAGAAGGGAAUUCAGGUGUGGAGCAAUGCCAAAGAAUGUUUCCUCAAAAUGUGAAGAUGAAGCCAUGUUCAGUGCUGCUCACCCGUGGAUGCCGAAAAAUGACCUCAGUGUCGUCGUGUUGAGGUUUGAAAAUGAUCACAUUAAUGUAACAAAAUGUUUAGAAUAUAAUGUCAUUUCAAGUUCUACUAAAAAGCAUUUAUAUGCAGCUCAUUUGCAACAGUGAUUCACUGUAGUGGAAAAGCUUCGGGAGGUGGUGGAUCACCAAGGACCAUUUGUCUAACUUCAAAUAGGCACUUCACCAGUUUUACAUGUUUAAGUCAGUAUAUUAACUCUGUUUAGAUCCAGGGUUUUCACAUGCUCACACCUCUGUGACCUGCUGUGUUUGGUGCGUUUGCGCAUUUAGUGAAGUUUGUUGGGCUGGUGUGAAACCUGCUCAUCAAACUCUGGUACAGACCAAACAACCAGACCCAGGAGGGUCCUGGUCCAGUUCUGUUAUGGUGUGAAAGCAAAGCAGACCAACCACAGGUUGUUGUGACAGUAAAUGUGUGAUUUUAGCAUGAAUUCAAAAGACAGAGGACUAUUAAAUGCAUUUGACCAGAACUAAAUGACAACAGGUUGCUGAAGAUAUCAAACUAGAAUAUCCUUGUGAAACUGGCUUCAGAGAGAGUGAAACGUAGGCGCCACAGUCACUAUCCCACCAUAACAUUACACCACAUAAAAAUUACUCCUUUUAUCUUUUUGCUCCCUGUUUUUCAUCAUUCAUGAAAUAAGCUCAAGUUGUAGUCUGGAUUGUUACUACUCAUGAAUCAUUUAUAUCCAAGAGAUGCUGUGUGUUUCACUAGAUAACAUAAAUGAACACAUCAGUAUCUAUGGAGCUCAUUCACUGCCUAAACCUAACAAACAAAAUUCAUUAAUAAACAAACACAAAACACCAUUAACAAACUAGUGUGUUUUG